GCGAAAUCGAUGUUUCAGAAGAAGAGGUCCAACUCUGAGUCAAGUCUGGACGCCUUCUUGGCUUGGUGUCUUCGAACAUAAUCAGGAGAAGAGGGCCAACUUGGAAACAAGCUGUGGACGUCUUCUUUAUCUGGUGUCAUCGAAUAUAUUCAGUUUAUCAAAGAGAAAGUAGACAAUAUGGCUGGUACCUAACUGGCUCAAAUCUGAUGCUGGCAAUGUGCCAAUAGAGGUGUCACUGCUGGGAUUGGCCCAAAGUAUCUGUUGUUGCACAGCUAUUUUCUGGAGCUAAAGAGAGGCAUAUCUCAAAACCUCCAAAAUGGCACAUUCUGGUCAUCUCAAUAAGGAUCAUCCUAACCCCGGGUCCAGUAAUGAAAACUGGGUAAUUGUUGGAGGGAAUGCAGGAUCUUCUGAUCAAAUGACAGAAAUACACAAGCAGCAUUCAAAAUUAGCCCAUGAAAACCAACAGCAGUCUGUGAGCACUGACAGCCAAGACUUAAGUGGAGACGGUCAGAAAGGAAGUUUGCAAGAGAUUCCAGGAAGUGGUUCUCAUCGUGCUGAAGUUCACUCAGCUUGUAAGAAGAAUGAUGACAAUGCACAAGCUGCUUCUGAUAUGGACAGUGUCAGUAAAAUACCAUUGCCAGAUGAUGCGUCUGAGCAGGAUGAGCUGUGCCCAGUAAUAAUCAAUUUCAUAGACACCAAAGGCAAGAUAUGUGAUAGCACCUGUGUGAAUGUAAACCUGGAACUGGCUGUCUGGCUACAUAUUAAGACACAGGAAAAUGAAAUGGAAUCCUUGAAACACAAACUCAAACAACAUAACUGUGAAAUAACUAAGCAAUCAGGUAGAAUUGAAUUAACUUGCAGAAUUACUCAUCCCUACUCAGCUGAUUCCUUAGACUACACAACUAGACCUGUUACAAAUCUCUUUGAGGAGCUGACACAAAAGUGCACAAGAUUAGAUGUUGAUGGUUCCAAUGAAUUCAAGACGGUGAUGCUUAAGGUAUGGCCAACUACACAACUAUACAUGUCACACAAAGCAACAGCUCACAGAACUCAUAGUGGUAAACUGUGCAUUGCCACCAAAAAGGAAUAUACAGGUGAGGUUGGUAGAGAAUUGGAACGUAUUUCUGAAAAAUACAAAAGAGAAACUGAUGGAUGUCACAGACUUGACUCUGCAACAUCUGGACAUACACUUCCAGGUGACAGUAAAACACUGGAGGUUACACUUACAGACCCUCAGUUCCAACUUUUGGAAAGUCAGCAAGAAGCACAGGAUUAUGUUCUUUCCUUCUUCCAAAAAAAGAACAUUCAUGUAACAUUUGUUUUUGAAGAGAAAAAGGUUAUCCUCAAAUCAGAUAGGGAAAAUGUAAUGUUAAAUGACAAAAUCAUGCUUGAUUGUAUAUUGACACAAACAGAAACCCUCCUUUGGCCUCCUCCCUUAGACAGUCCAAGUUCAAUUAGGGAGGGGCAUUCUGCUAUCAAAGGCAGGUACAUCCUGAUCCCUGAUUCCUCUUGGGCACAAGUUACUAUUGUUGCAACUAGAGACAUUUUAGGAGUUGUUAAGGAUUCAUUAAGGACUUUAUUGCCAGUGAUUGUGGAAAAAUCAAUAGUGGUAAGCAGCACAGAGCUCCAAUAUCUGUCUACACAAAAUCACUGGGAAGCAUUUGAGCCUGUUCUUUAUAUUGUAAAUGGCAGUAAAAGCAGAGUAUCAGUUAGACCUGUCAAAAAUGACAGUAAAUGCAAUUUAUUUGUAAGGGGCACUCAAUGUGGGGUUGAAGAAUUUGAAAAUGAAGUACGUACCUGCUUGUCAAAACAGAAAGUAAAUUCAUCUUCAGCAACUGAGAAGCAGAAUUUGCUGCUGUUCCUACAGUCCAACAAAAAAGGACUAAAAUAUGUAGAAAAUGUGCUACAAGAAAGGGGUCUUAUUAUUGAAGUUGGAGAAAAAAAUGCAGUCAUUCGUGGUGGCAGCCAGAACAUCACAUAUGAAUCCUUAGAGGACCUCAUUUUGUCAACAACAAUUUACAAGGAUGAUUGUCAAUUGCUGAAACUGGAAGAAAUGCAGGAAAUGCUUUUAGAAAAGAAACAAGUGCACCAGGAGAAACUUAUGGUUGAUAUUGACAAGACAAAUAACUGUCUUGUCUUGACUGGAACAGCUGAUAUUUUCCCGGAUGUAUUGCGAGAGGUGGAAGAUUUAAGAUCUAAGUAUACUUUGACUGAGGACCUGGUCUGUAUUUCCACAGAUCACAUGGAGUAUGUUGAAGGCAAGGGUCAGUCUAAGUUGAAGGCUAUGGUAGAUAAUCCAAGAUUAAAGGUAAAGAUGACUUUCUUGGAUGGGGAACCUGGUUUAAGACUCGUUGGAUCAAAAGUAGGAGUGACAACAGUAAAGACAUGGUUGCAGAAAACAGGCACUGCAGGUGGAAGAAAGGCCGCUUCUCAAAAUCUACAUGCUGAUAUUGUAAUCAAAGGACACAUGCAGAAAUUACUGAAACAAUCAUCUCAUGCUAGACAGGUUAUUAAGGAUAAGUCUGAACGUGAUGGUUUUGAAAUAGACUUAGAUGCAGAGUAUGGAAGUGCAAAGAUCCAUGUAAAACAUGAAAUGCAUCUAUCCAAAGCUUCAAAAAUGUUGUCAACAGCCAUAGGAAUAAUUUCAUUUGAUUUGGGAAUGGACCACAUUUGUAUCACUCCAACACAGUUAAAAACAUUACUCUUGGAAUUUGAACCACACUGGGCUGAAGAUGUCAUCAUGGAUGCUAACGACAGCAGAAAAGAAUUAACGGUGUGUGGUACAAUGGAUAUGAUACCACUUGUAGAAGAGGCUGUCAGAAAUACUCUGCAUCAUUAUGAGCAUGAAGGUGUAUUUUUGCCACUUGACUAUGGCACAAUGCAGUUAAUACGUACACAAGUGGACAACAUGUUCAAAGGGAAUGUCAGCUUACACCGGUCCAGUGAAAGAGUCGAAAUCACAGGUGCAAGAAUUCACGUACAGCAGUGCCUGGUAAGUAUCGGUAACUGUCUGACUGGUCAGAAACGAAAACUAGGUUUUCCCCCAAAACUGCAAGUGUGUGAAUUGGUAAUCUCACAAUUGCUGUAUAUGUCUCUGGAACAAAACCGAAACAUCCGAAGUUAUUUGGAGGAAAAAUUUGAAGACUGUGGAUAUGCUUUUGCUCUUCACAAUGCGAGACUAAAACUGUGUGCUGCAUCUAUAACAGCUUUGCCAAAAGUUUGGCACCUCUUUCUGUCACACAUUUGUGAAAUGAAACUUUCUCUGGGAAAGGAACCAGUUGUCAAAUUGUUUGGAAUAAAACACAUGUGUGAGAAGAUUACCAAUAAUAUCUCUUACCAGGGAAAGGUGAUGGCAUUACCUGAGGAAAGUACAGGUCUAUUGUCCAUAGUCUGCACUGAUGAUGUAAAAGACCUUGUAGAAGAAAGCAUAUUGUUCCACAAGAAAAGGUGUGUGCAAAGUGUGACUGACAUUGAUCAUGAAAAGACUAAAACUGAGUUGUUUGAUCUCAGGCAGUUGGAAGAAGCAAUUUCACAAACAUUGCCCGAUAUCAAGGGCAUGUUUAAGUUGCAUGUAGAGAAUGGGAAGAUUUGUGUUGUAGCUGUCCGUGAACACAUGAAGGAAGUCAAGGCCAAGAUAGUGCAGAUACUUUCAUGGAAGCAACGUGAAGCUGAAUUGAUCACAACAAAUCCAUAUGUGGACAUACAACUCUCUGAAUUAGAAUAUGAGUUCCUUCAGAAGCCAGAAGUCAUCAGUUACAUUGAUGAAAAACUUAAACUCUUCAGUUUUGGACUUGAUAUGAAUAAAAAAUCAUUGAAGAUGUAUUGUUUGAAAAAGAAAAAUCUUGAUCAAGGAGUCAAAGAUCUUAAGAACUGUCUCAAACAGGAUGAAAUUGAAUUGCUCAAUGAUCCCCUUUUAGAGAACUGCACUCUAGCCAACAUCAAAGACAUGUUGGAUGUUCAAGACCAUAUUCAUGGUGGCAAAUUGCUGAUCAGAAUACAUGCUCCAAAGUCAAGUCUGGUCAUGCUUUGUACAGAUGAUGUACAUGAUGCUGUUGUGGACAAGUUUCAAUAUAUCAAACAGACCUGUUCAGAUGUCACAGACUUCUUAGAAAUGUCAAAAGAAAAAUGGGAUAGAAUCAGGGUUAUCUUUCCAGAAGAUAUUGAUGCAAUUGAGAAAGAAGAUGUCAGAAUAGAACAUUACCCUACUCAAUUAUCAAUAGCUGGGCAUGCUGAAGUGGCAGGUCAAGUCAAAAGAAAACUUAACGGUAUCUUAGACAAGAUGCAUGUCAGAAAGUUUUCUCUUUUGGAUAAAAUGGGAACUUUGCAGACUCAUGAGGGACAGAAACUAUUAAGAGAUGCACAGAAAAAUCUUCGUUGUGUGAUUAAAUUUGAGAAGCAUGUGAAGGAAAACACUGCAGAAUUAGCAGUGAAAGAAUGGCUUGCACAGAAGCAUCUGAGAUUGACUCAAGGUUGUGUCAGACUGUCUCAGUGGACAAAAAAUGGCUCAAGCAUCUCCAUUAUCCAAGGACAUAUUCAAGAUGUAAAUACUGGAAUCCUUGUUAUCCCAACGGUUGGAGGGAAGCUGCCAGAAGAAUUACCUCGAAGUCUGCAAGAGGAUCAAGAUCUCAGAACACUAGGUGAGACUAGCACCUCAAGGGUUUUUUCAAAUCCUAAAUGGUGUAAAUGCAGUUCCUGUGUGUUCUUUUGGAUACCUGAAAGUCUGAAAGAAGGAAGAAACCAAGAAAAGGAAACUGUUCGAAGAUUGGUCAAGGACACUCUGAGGAAAGCAGCUGAAGAUACAAGCAAUACAAUUUCUUGUGUAUUUGUACUUGAAGCACUUUAUAGGACAGGACUGCAAUCAUAUGGUGUAAAGUGUAUUAUCAAAGGCGCUCUAGAAGCUUUUAAAGAAUUCAAAUGCACUUUUGAUGUACAGCUGCUAACUGAUGAAAAAAGCUCCAACGAAACUUUGAAAAUCCUUGCAAAUGCCUGUCCUGACUCAAAAAAGAUCAGUCUAUUGAGACAAGUAGAGAAGAUCAAGAAGAAGAUGAGUUUGAGCAAAGGGAAAUCAACUGAGGUUUCAAAGCCAUGCCUGGAAAUAGUUGUUGGUGCACUAGAAAAACAAAAGGUUGAUGUUCUUGUCAUAACCUGUCGUCAUGAUCUUCUUCUAAGUGAAGGAGUGGUAUCAAAAGCUGUAGAUGAUGCUUCACACGGACGUCUACAGAAAGAAUGUCAUGACAAAUAUCCUCAUGGCAUUAUGAAUGAUGAGUUGGCAGUCACAAAUUUCCAUGCUUCAACAGCUUCCAAAAGAGUUAAAGUCUACUUUGGAGCCCUCAACUUCUUUCCAGAAAAAGCUGAAGAUGAGCGAAAGGAAGAAUGUUGGAAGAUGAUGUAUGAAUUUAUAUACCACUGCUUGUACCAAGCAAAUGAGGAAGGCGCAGAAUCAAUUGCUUUUCCUGCCAUUGGAUGUGGAAAGUUGGGCUACCCAAACACAAGUGCAGCAGAAGUUAUGUUCAACACUGUGGAGUGGUUCUUCAAUACUGAACAAACACUGUCACUGAAGAGUGUGCAUUUUGUUCUGCAUGAAAAAGACAAAGGCAACAUUAAGGUUUUCAAUGCAGAGAAGAUGGCAAGAUCAUACCAUGUGAAGAGUUUCACAGAAGAUGCUUCAACAUCUGAGACCAGACAUGACUGUGGUGAUAUCAUACUGCAGAUUAUUGGGAGCUCCUUAGACAAGUGUGAGGAAACAUCAGACGGUCUGCUGUGUUUUUGGAAUGAGCGCCAGCUUGCAGAUCCUUCUCAGCACCCCACUGUUGGUAAACAUUUGAAACAAUUUGAAUGGCACAGAUAUGCAUCAGAGUUCACAAGAAACGGCAACGUACUAACUAGUGGUGGUGAACUACCUGCUACUAUGAUCAUUCACACCUUGAUGAAAUCUGACUUCAAAACAGCUCUUUUCACUGGUCUCAAGUCAGCUGUGAAUAAUCAUUGUCAGACAGUACAAGUUGAGCUUGCAUCAGAAGAUCUGUUCGAUAACUGUAAAGCUUUGGUUGCUGAUCUACAGGCUCACUUAAAAAGUAGACAUAUCACCAGAAAUCACUUUUGUCUACUGACAGUUCUGAUACCCAAUCCAGAACACUACAAAUCAGUGGUGUCAGAACUGAAAGCUGCUUCCGUCGGAAUACUUGGCCGUCCUUGGCCAUUUGGCCGUGAAGAAAAUGUUCCAACAGAAGAUCAUUCAGGAAGCACUGAUGAUGGGCCACAAUUAGUUGUAUCAGGAACAUCAGAAGAACACUGUAAGGCAGCCUACCAGCAAGUACUUGAAGGAAUUAAACAGAUACAUGCUGCAAUUGAGAACUCUACGUCACUAACAGACAGAGAUGACAGUUCCUCUGUUGAUUUCCCAACACCUCACCAAGGUAAUUUGUCCACUUAAGUGAUAUCCCUGUUG